UCCCGCAGGGGAACUGGAGAAAAUCCAAAUGCAUACCUGCGAGGAAUUUAUAUUGCCGCGUGGCUAAUUUCAAACACUCAUGAGCUUUCCUUCUCUCUCUAGGAGGCUCUAGAAUGCCCUCCCUCUUUGACCCCUCUUUGUUUUACUCCCUCUCCCUUAGUUCUACAAUCUCUGCCAUUUCAGCUCUCUCUCUCUCUGAGCAAAUUAGCAACAACAGGUUUCACCAUCAUCAGUAAGCACAAUUUUUUAGCAGGAAUGGCUGAGCAAGCUUACACAGUGGCAUCUGAUAGCGAAACAACUGGAGAAGACAAACCAACAUCUGUUUACCCUGAAUUAGCAAUUGGGAUUGAUAUUGGAACUUCACAAUGUAGUAUUGCUUUGUGGAAUGGGUCGGAGGUGCAGCUCCUUCAAAAUUCAAGGAACCAAAAAAUGAUGCAGUCAUAUGUCACCUUUAGGGAUGAAAUCCCUUCUGGUGGAGUAAGUGCACACUUAUCUCAUGAGGAUGAAAUGCUAUCUGGUUCUGCAGUUUUCAACAUGAAAAGAUUAAUUGGAAGAGCAGACACUGAUCCAGUGGUUCAUUUAAGCAAAACCUUACCUUUUCUGGUACAGACUCUGAAUAUUGGUGUCCGGCCCUUCAUUGCAGCCUUGGUAAAUAAUGUUUGGAGGUCAACUACACCUGAAGAAGUUCUUGCGGUGUUUCUGGUAGAACUGAGGGCCAUGGCUGAACUUCAACUGAAACGAGUUGUUCGGAAUGUUGUUCUCACUAUCCCAGUUUCAUUUAGUCGGUUUCAACUCACCCGGAUUGAGCGAGCUUGUGCCAUGGCAGGUCUACAUGUACUCAGAUUAAUGCCUGAACCGACCUCAGUGGCACUUCUUUAUGCCCAACAACAACAACAGCUUAUGCAUGACAACAUGGGGAGCGGCAGUGAGAAACUUGCCCUUAUUUUUAAUAUGGGUGCAGGAUACUGUGAUGUUUGUGUGACAGCCACUGCUGGUGGUGUUUCACAAAUAAAAGCGUUAUCAGGAACUGUGGUUGGAGGAGAAGAUAUUCUUCAGAAUGUGAUGCGCCAUCUGUUGCCUAAUUUAGACAAUCUCCUCUCCAGCCAUGGACUUAGCGAGAUCAAAUCAACGGUUUUGCUUAGAAUUGCAACUCAAGAUGCCAUUCACAGACUUUCAUCCCAAGAUGGUGUCCGAGUAGAAGUUGAUUUGAAAAAUGGCUUAAACAUCAACAGGGUACUGACUCGGGCAGAAUUCGAGGAGAUAAACCAGGAAGUUUUUGGAAAAUGUGAGAACUUGGUAAGGCAAUGUAUGAAUGAUGCAAAAGUACAUAUUGGAGAUAUAAGUGAUGUAAUACUUGUUGGUGGGUGUUCUUACAUACCCAAGAUACGGAGCCUUGUUCUGGGCUUAUGCAAUAAGCAGGAGCCGUAUCUUGGUAUGAACCCACUUGAAGCUGCUGUUUGUGGUGCUGCUCUGGAAGGGGCUGUGGCUUCAGGGGUUAGUGAUUCAUUGGGUGCUUUGGAUCUGCUAACCAUACAAGCUACUCCGCUUAGCCUCGGUAUUCGUGCUGAUGGAAGUAACUUUGUGCCUAUCAUACAUCGAAACACUACUAUGCCAGCAAGGAAGGAGUUGAUAUUUACAACAGCUCAUGAAAACCAAACUGAAGCACUAGUAGCUGUGUAUGAAGGUGAAGGCAUGGGGGUAGAAAAAAAUCAUCUUUUAGGAUGCUUUAAGCUUGUAGGAAUACCUCCAGCGCUGAAAGGAUCACCAGAAAUUAGCAUUUGCAUGGAUAUUGAUGCUUCGAAUGUUCUUAGAGUUUUUGCAGGGAUAUUAAUGCCUGGAGUAGGGCGACCUGUGCACCCUUUCCUUGAAGUAAAGAUGCCAACUGUGGAUGAUGGUCAUGGAUGGUGUGCCGAAGCUUUAACCAAGAUGUAUGGGUCUACUCUAGAGUUGCACACUUCACAGAAGAAAAUGCCGUAGUCUUCUUCUCUCGUGCCUUUUUGUGUGUUUUGGUGUUUGGCUUCUUUUAGCUAGCAGUCUAAUUUUCUGAGAGGUAUGCAUGUUGUAGGGGUUUGGUCCUUUUGGAGUCUAUUGUACGUGAAAAUGAACAAAUAAAUCCUCUAUAAAUGAACCGAGUGAGGUAGUGCUUAUGCUUAGUAGUUUACUUUAAACAGUGUACAUUAUAAGUGAGUACAGUGGAGAUGCUGGCUUUUGUAGUGCAA